AUGGAUAAAGAGCAACAUAAGAGUUUCAGGGACGAAGUCAUACAAAUACUCUCUGGUCUUGAUGAUUCUUUGUCUCUCGACUAUAAAAAUACGUGGAAUGAUAUAUCUGACCAUGUAUCAAAAAACAUUAUGCUAGCUAUUGACAAAGCAUUAAACAAAAGAAUGGUUUACAAUCAGACAGAACUUAAAUUCAUCUUGCAACAACUUCAUCGUCACAAGCGAGACAAUUGA